AUGAAAGAUAUCAUGAAGGAAGUGGAAGGGAAAGUAAAGUUUUCAAUGGCGGAUUCGACGAUGAUGUUACUUGUUCAACAAGCAAUGGACAAAGCUCACGAAAAGAUCAAAACCAAACACGGUCUUCUCCUCCGCCUCAACGCCAUAUCUCUUUUCUACGAGCUCGCUGUGUUACAGCUCGAGAGCUGUCUUCAACUCGUCCAACAAGAGACCGGUAAGCUCGAGAGUACCCACGAGGAAGUUGUUCGCGAUCUAAGAGAGAUCAAAGACAGGCUUCACCACCGCCUCUUAGAGACCGAAUUAGCGAUUCUCGAGAAAGACAGAGAGUUGUUGGAGAUGUCUAAGAACCAAGAGAGUCUGAGAAACGUUUUGGAGAGUAAAGAGACCGAGCUUGUUCAUUUGCAAGAUCUUGAGAGAAAGAGAAGUCAUAAUAAGAUUGGGAAAUUUAUCAAAGAAGAAGAGUUUUCUGAGCUAAAGAGCUCUGUUGAUCAACAAGUGAUGAAUCUUAGACAAAAGCUUGAGACAGAGUACGAUGAAUUGAGAGGAGAGACAGAGGAUCCUUUAGGGGUUGAUAUCGAUGUUUUGAAAGGGACAAUGGAUCUUGCAUUCAACAAGAUGCAUCACGCGAUAUUCUUGUCGGAAUUGGGUCCGAUUGAGCAGAGUUGGAGAUGGUCUGUAGAGAGAGAUUCAAUGGCUUUACUGAUAAAAGGUUUUAUAAAUGGUUUAGAGGAGAAGAAGAACAAGGUAAUGAUGGUUGUGAGAGAUUAUGAAUCGGGUUUUAAAGAUCGCGUUUGUUCGAUUCGUAGAGAGGUAGAGUCUUUAGAGUCUCAGAUUGAUCAGAUCAUCAUCCAUAGAUCAUCUCCUAGAUCAUGUGUACCAACAUCAUCAUCUUCAAUAGAUUGUGAAAUUGAGAAAUUGAAUCGGGAGAAAGAUGGUGAAGAUGAAGGAUUCAGACAAGAACUAGACUGGAUUAUUGUAACAGAGUUGCUAAGAGAAGUUUCAGAGACUGUAGAGAAUCAAGAAAGGAGUGAAGCAAACAAGAAAAAGAUGAUUGAGGAAGAAGGAAGCAGAGCUAUCUUAGGAAUUUCUUUAUUAAAUGAUGAUUUUGACUUCAAGAUUCAAGAGAAGUUAAAGAUGGUAUCUAUCAGGUUACAAAACUUGGAGAUGAAGAUUCAUUCAAUGAUGGAUUGCGCUGUAGAGCUAAGACGAAAAGAAUCAGUAUAUAGAACAGCGUUCGUUCUAAGGUCCGAGAAUCUCAUAAAGGCAGAAGCUGAGGUUGAUCUUCUUGGAGAUCAAGUCGAUUCACUUGUGAAGCUUCUCAAGAAAAUACUUUGGACGUUUCAUCAACAUCCAUUGCUUCUCAGCAAUAACUCAGAUAUAUCAGAGAUCUCGAAGAUGAUCAAGAAAGAGUUAUCACAUGAGGAGGAUUUAUCAUGA